CUCUAAGCUGACCAAUACCGGCAGAGCAGAAAGAUGGCUUGCGAGCAGGCACUGCACGAUUUAUGAUCGCCCCACCCCUUUUACUGUGCUGCUGCUUAUCAGCAAUUUGCCCAAAAAUAUAUGCAGUAGGCUGGCUUCGGCAGAAUUGUGUCGCUCUCUCAGCGGUGCUCGGAGCAAAGGACAGCCGAAAUGAGCCGAACCACGCCAUCUGUAGUGGGAAAGCCUGCAGUCACUCCAGGAGCAGAUCCUCAGCUAGCAUGCAAAGCAAGCACCUGCCUUGCAUAUUGCAGCAUAGUCGCCAAGAAAUACCAAAUUUAGAAAUACACGAAAAUCGCCGCUAAUCUGAUCUCAUGUGUGAUUGCGCUGGGCUGGAAAUCAAGGGCUGUCAGAAUCGCGCACACGCGGAGCAG